AUGUCGAGGAGGCCUAACACUUCUCGACGGGUUCCUAAUGGUGGAGGCAUUCCAUUUGUGAGCUCUUUUCACCCCAAAUCACGCCCAUCACCGAUAUUAUCUCUUGUACUUUUGGUUGUGGAUGCGAUCCUAAUAAUUGGCUAUAUAUAUAGUGUUUCAGGUGGAACCGCCAGAAAUGCAGAGGCUUUAAGUAAGCUUGAAGAAGUUCAGAGAGCAUUUCCCAUUUUGAAGAAAGCUUAUGGCAAUAGAAUGCGUAGAGUACUGCACAUGACGAUGGUGGCAACUGCAAGACUCUUGUGCGCAAAGGCAUUGUGUGUGGCAGACAUUAGGUUUCCUCUUCCCUACCGGGCAAAGUCAUUUUCUCUUGUCAUAGUGUCUGAUGCGUUAGAUUACUUGUUCCCAAAAUACCUUAACAAAACUCUUUCAGAAUUGGCAAGGGUAUCUGCUGAUGGUUUUUUUUUCAUAUUUUCCGUUUUAGGGUAUCCAGGUCAGCAUAGAGCUAAAGUGGCAGAGCUUGCCAAAUUUGGCCAAAUUGCGGAGCUCAUCUUGGUGGAUAAGGUUUUUUUGUUCAGACCAGCUUACAAGAAAAUGAAGCCUGCCACAAAGAAGUUUGAGCAGGCUGCAACCAAGAUGUUAUACAAGCCGGCUUGCCAAGUUUUCCACCUCAAGUCUUCUUGGUGGAAAGUUGCCAAUUAGCUUCUUCGACUCCAAUAGGAGACUAAAUUAUAUUGUUGGAAAUCAAACUACCUUGUUAUAUAUUCCAACUAAGACACUAAAAUUUUGUUGAAUUGUGUACGUUAGUCUCCACAAAAAUGUUUUCUUGCAGUUGCAAAUGUAGUUCUUUUUGGCAUGUUGAAACUCGCUAUAUUUUUGUGAUAAUUGUAAAAGAAACCUAACUAUGUGAGAAUUCUGAGUCAGUUUUGUCAAGGAAGCAAUUG